GGGUAGCAAUGUAACAUGUACCCAAUUCAAUAAACCUUUUCAAGAUACGUCCAUAUAUAUAUAUAUAUAUAGUCCUUGCCUUUACAUAAAUCUUCUAUAUAUUUAGUGUUUUGCUUAGAGUGCCUCUUAGCUUAUCCGUCAUUCUUUUGAGAUUAGUUGUGAAUAUGAAGCACUUGAAUAAGCAAAGAAUCAUUUUGGUUCCAUAUCCUGCACAGGGACAUGUUGGUCCCAUGCAAAAGCUAGCCUCUGCCUUUCUUAGCCACGGAUUUGAGCCAGUAAUUGUUCUACCCCAAUACAUUCACCAUCAGAUUUUGCUUCAUGUUGAUUACAAGGAUGAUGAGAUAAAGUAUGUAGCUGUGCCAGAUGGUCUAGAAGAGGACACAGCCCCAGAUUUCUUUGCCAUUGAAUCAGCCAUGGAGAACAACAUGCCAACUCACUUGGAAGACAUGCUUCACAAACUUACAGAGGAUGGUGAAGUUGUGUGUUUAGUGGUUGACUUGUUAGCAUCUUGGGCCAUAGAAGUGGCCAACAGGUUUGGCAUCCCUAUUGCUGGGUUUUGGCCUGCUAUGCUUGCUACGUACCGCUUGAUCUCAGCCAUACCUGACUUGGUUCGGAGUGGUCUCAUUUCUGAUGCUGGACUUGCACAACAUGAAGGAAAAAUUUGCUUUGUACCAGAGAUGCCCAUAGUUUCAACUGAGGAUCUACCAUGGCUUAUUGGAACAGUGGCUGCAAGGAAAGCAAGAUUUAAAUUUUGGAUAAGAACAUUGGAAAGAUCAAGAACGCUUAAAUGGCUCCUGGUGAAUUCCUUUCCCGAUGAAAGCAAACUUGAGCAGCAAACUCAAUUGGCCAACAUGUUAUUACAAGGUUGUCCACGUGUGUUGCCGAUAAGCCCAAUUUGUAGGAAUCAAUUAACUAAAAAUCUCAGUUUUUGGGAAGAAGAUUUGAGUUGCUUGAAGUGGCUAUCAAAUCAGAAAGCUAACUCAGUUGUUUACAUCUCAUUCGGAAGUUGGGUCAGUCCAAUUGGGGAAGCAAAGUUGAAAAGUCUAGCACUAGCACUUGAGGAUUCAGGUAGGCCUUUUAUUUGGGUUUUGAGGUCCACUUGGCGCCAAGGCUUACCCAUUGGGUUUUUGGAAAGGGUUUUCAAGCAAGGCAAAGGCAGAGUCGUUUCUUGGGCACCACAAACGGAGAUUUUGCAACAUGAGUCUGUGGGUUGUUAUGUCACACAUUGUGGUUGGAAUUCUACAUUGGAGGCUUUACAAUUCCAAAAGAGGUUGCUAUGUUACCCAGUGGCAGGAGACCAGUUUGUGAACUGUGCCUAUAUUGUACAAGUAUGGAGGGUAGGUUUAAAACUCAAUGGGCUUGGACAAAAGGAUGUUGAAGAAGGACUUACACGGGUGAUGGAAGAUAAGGAGAUGGGCACACGGUUAAUGAAAUUAUAUGAUAGAAUCAUGGGAAUGCAGGGUGAUAAUAAGAGGGGAGCUUUCAUGUUAAAAGCCUUUGUGGAUGAUCUCCAGAAGGCAUCAUCUACCAUUCAUAAGCAUGCUACUUAAAUCUUCAUUACUCUUCUUUUUUUGUCUUGGACAAUAGUUAAAAGUGUGCUAAAUUGUACUUUGGUGUGUCAUGAAUCCAUGAAAUAUCAAAUCAAUUGUC